UGAAGAGCAGCUUGCAAGUAUUAUCUCCACCUGAGAGAUUUUUCUUUUAAAAACUUUAAAAAAAUAAGAGUGAAAACAUUGAAGAAUUAUGAAAAUCACAUUUUCCUUUGCUGCUUUGUUCUUAUUGGAUCUCUUUGCUUGCUGUCAUGCUUAUCCACAAUAUCCCUUGCCUGACAUAGAAGAUGCAAAGUUCAUUGAAGACUGUGUGAGAGCUCACAACAUGUUUCGAUCCAAAGUGAAACCGCCAGCCAGCAAUAUGUUUCGCAUGUCCUGGGAUGCUGCUUUAGCUAAGACUGCCAAAGCAUGGGCAAAGAAGUGCAAGUUUAAGCACAAUAUCUACCUUAAAAUGCCGGGGAAGGUGCACCCCACCUUUACCCCUGUUGGAGAAAACAUCUGGACUGGCACAGCCACCCUGUUCUCCGCGGAUACAGCCCUCACUGACUGGUUUAAUGAAGUCAGCAGCUAUGAUUUCAGCACCGGUAGCUGUACUGGCAUGUGUGGUCACUACACUCAGGUCGUUUGGGCAGAGAGUUACAAAGUUGGUUGUGCAGUUCACUUCUGCAAUACAGUUGAAAAUUUUCCAGGACUCUUCAGAGCAGCACAUUUUGUUUGCGACUAUGGGCCAGCGGGCAAUUACCCAAGAAAACCAUAUGAAAUGGGACGACCGUGCAGUGGAUGCAGUAAUGAGAAGUGUGUAGACAGGCUCUGCGAAAAUACAGAACGUGAGAAGCUGAUAAAUUAUGCCUACUGGUAUCCAGACUGGGAUACACAGCCCCAGCCACCGCGGCCCCGGCCCCCCCGGCCUCCCACGCCAUCGUACAUCCCACCUGCCGAGGACCUGCGUCCCUCUUGCGACCAAUACUGUCUUAGUGUUAUAAUUUUAAGGCCACUGUUUUUGGUACUGACUGCUGGUGCUGUUCUUUUAGUGCAACAGUGGUUUCCACACACAUUUUUUUAUGAGUAAAGAUCAAUUAAGAAACUGGUAGUGAUCCUACCACUGUAUUACUGUCAGAGAUUUGCACACAUUUAAAAAAACAUUUGGUCAUCUCUCCGUUAUCCUUGUGAUGUUUAUACAGCUGAUUCUUCACUCAAGGCAAGAUACAAGUGGUUGUUCGUAGAGCUAGUAUAAUUUAUUUGCAGUAGCUGCAAUACACUUCUGUGUCUGCACAAGCCUCUUAGCUCUGGCUCAGGGGUAGAUUUCUAGAAGGGCCACGUAGACUAUAUGUUACUAUAUAUGCUAACAAGCCUCCUGGAAACCUGGGGCAUCACACAGACAUGUCUGAAGCAACACACUGUAUCCAAAAGAAACAAUAACUCAUCUCCAUUAACCUUCAGUUAUCCCAGACAUCAUUUUCCCUAGAUAACGUGGAUUUAACUGUAUGUAUUACUUUUUAUGAACAUAAGGAUUAAAGCUUGUCCUUUACUAUAUUUAGCCUAUGUGUAUCAUUCUCCAUUAAAGUUACUCUA